UCACCGCGGCGAGAACAAAGAUUCACGAGCCAUCUGCAUCUGUCGACAAGACCGGACCUCACCUUGAAGAACGACUGCCUGAUCUCAGUGCGCAUCAUCAGAAGCCCCUCCAGCUGCACUCAACUUUCAAUCGACGCACCGACACAAUCCGGCCUCAUGCGAUAAGACGACGCCGACCAUACGACUGCUCCAUCCUUCAUACCGCCCACCAUGCGCACGAUAGCGCUCCUCCCCGCCGCCCUCCUCGCCCUCCUCCCCACAACCCUCGCCCUCGAACCUCCUACGCCUCCCCGCCCAACAAUCACAACGACACCUUCAAACCUCACAAUAGAACACCUCGCCGGGCCGUCAACAUGUACUCGCCCCUCCCGCAACAAAGACACCCUCUCCAUGCACUACAAAGGUACUCUCCUCUCCGACGGUACAGUCUUCGAUACAUCCUACAAACGCAACAAACCGUUCAAAUUCCUGCUCGGAGCAGGGCAUGUCAUCGCGGGAUGGGACGAGGGGAUGUUGGAUAUGUGCGUGGGUGAAGAGAGGAAGCUGACGAUACCGCCGGAGUUGGGGUAUGGGGAACGAGGGGCAGGGAGCGAUAUUCCGCCGAACGCGUGGUUGGUGUUUGAGGCGAAGUUGAUGGGAAUUGUGGGUGUCCCGGAGGCGAAUGAGGUUGCUCAGACGAGUACGACGGCGGCGGAAGUGGUGGGUGCGAUAGAGACGGCAGCGGUGGCAGCGAGCAAGGACAAGGACAAGGACAAGGAUGGAGGAGAUAAAGACGACGACGAGACACCGAAGGAGCCCGCACAAUGCCAUCUCCUAGGCCCAUAUGCGCUCUUCGCACAAGGCGGACUCGGCGCCCUGGCUGUGCUGUCUCUCGUCUGGAAACGCUACCAUGAGACGCCCAAACGGCCGUGGAAGAUCUUCUUCUUCGACGUCAGUAAGCAGGUGUUUGGCUCCAUGCUGACGCAUGUGAUCAAUUUGGGCAUGAGCAUAGUCGGCAGUGGAGACUUUGCCGCGCAGGCUGUCGAGGCGGCGAAGACGGGAGGUGAUGGGAAGAGUCCGAAUCCGUGCUCGUUUUACCUUCUCAACUUGGGGAUUGACACCACCCUCGGCGUCCCAGUCCUCUACAUCCUCCUCAAAAUCCUCCCCGCCCUCUUCGCCUACACGCCCCUCGCGAACCCACCCCAAUCCAUCAAAUCCGGCGUCUACGGCACGCCACCACAAGUGACCUGGUACUUCAAGCAACUCCUCAUCUAUUGCAUCGGCCUGAUUGGCAUGAAAAUCUUCGUCUUCUUCCUCUUCAUGGCCAUGCCCUUCCUGCCCUGGAUCGGCGACUGGGCGCUGCGCUGGACUGAAGGCAGCGAAGCGCUACAAGUCGCGUUUGCGCUGUUUUUGUUCCCGCUGAUUAUGAACGCCGUGCAGUAUUGGAUUGUAGAUAGUUUCAUUAUGGCGAGUACGAAGGAAGGGGAGAAGGAGAGUGGGGGCGUGUAUGAGAGGGUUGGAGCGGGGGAGGAUGAGGAGGAUGAUGAGGAGAGGGGGUUGAUGGGAGGGCGGGAGGUGGGGAAGGGUGGUGUGGAGGAGGAGGAGGAGGAGAGCAGGCCGGCGUUGACGGAGAUUCAGCCGACGCCUGUGGAGGAGUAUAGAGAUGCGGGAUCUUCGAGUGGGUCGAGUCCGCCGAAGGUGGUGAAGCAGAGGAAGGAGUAG